AAAUAGACACAAUAUUUUGGGACAUCUAAAAUAAAAUAUAGGCAUGUAAAUAUGGGAUGGAAGGAAUAUUAAUAAACACAGUUUACAAAGAUAAAAGUUGCCGAUAAUUUAUUUUAUAAUUUUAUUUUUUAACUUAACAUAUAUCACUAUGGUAUCAUUUACCGUUAAAAUUCUCACUUUCAAUUCGGGUUGACGGUUCGAUUUCGGGUCACAAAAGUCUAUCUUAGAGAUGGGUGUACAGGAAAAGUCGUUACUUAGAGACAAACUCUCAAUUCAAUAAGAUUUGUUUCAAAUAAAAUCAUUCCAUAAACAGAGCCUGACAUUUCCCUCUUUUUCUCCUCUUUUACAUUCGUGUCACUUUCUUUCCUAUUCCACGUUUUCCAUGGCUUCCCCUUCAAAUAACUUUCUCUCUCCUCUCUUUCCUUACAAUACCCACCUCUCUUUCUCUCUCUAAAACUCAAUACCCCCAUUUUCUCUCAUCAAAAUUAAUACCCAAAAAUUAGAAAAAACCGCCAUUAAAAUGAGAUUAUAUGCGUAUGUAUUAGAAGCUAAAGAUUUGCCAGUAAAAAACAGUAGCUAUGUGAAGCUUCAAGUGGGUAAAUUCAAGUCUAAAACCCGAAUUGUGACCGGGUCUGACCCGGUUUGGAAUGAAGAAUUUGUAUUCCGGGUUCAUGACUUGGAAGAUGAACUUGUUUUGUCGAUUUAUCAUCAUGAUGAAGAUGAUACUUAUGCCCGGUUCUUUAAUGUUUCCGGGUUUUUGGUGGGUCGGGUUCGGGUUCCGGUUUGGACCGUCAUCGGCGAAGAGAGUGAAUGUUUACCCCCUACUUGGUUUUCCCUUCAGAAUCCUAAAACUGGGAAGCGCAUGAAAAAGAAUUGUGGAAAAAUUCUAUUGACUCUCACUCUGCACGGAAGAGGAGAUGUUGCAAAUGCGGAACUCUCCUUGUCUGAACAAUCAUGUACCAGAACAUCUAAUGGUAAAGAAGAGGAUUUCCCAGAUCAUGGAUCUGUAAAUUCCUGUUCACCUAAAGCUCCUCCUUUGAAGGUUCCACAUGGGAAAAAAAUGAUGAAAGCUGUAACUAAACGUUUGGAUAAGCUUCUGCAUAAGAAUGGGGAACCCUCAAAAAGUGAUGAAUCUUCAGACUUAAGUGUUAGUCCUUCUGAGUAUGAAGCUUGUGUGCAGGACGAAUCACUGCCAUCUAGUAGUUUUGAAGAAUCUUUGGAUAUGAUGCAGUCUAGAGAUGAGGAUUUAGAAAUGCCUGAGAAUCUGCAAGGCGGUAUUCUUCUUGAUCAGACAUAUGUGGUUACUUCGAAAGAUCUUAAUGCCUUUCUAUUUGCUCCAGAUUCACAGUUUAGGAGAGAACUUUCAGAGUUACAGGGAACAACUGAUAUGCAAGAGAGCCCCUGGACUUGUAAAUCAGGUGAUUCACCACGUUUAUCACGACUAGUCACCUACAUUAAUCCUGCCAGCAAGUUAUGUAAGGCUGUUAAAGCCACUGAGGAGCAGACUUAUGUCAAAGCCGAUGGUGCUGAGUUUGCUGUUUUCAUAAGUAUAGCUACACCAGAUGUUCCAUAUGGGAAUACAUUCAAGGUUGAGUUGCUCUACAAAAUCAUGCCUGGUCCAGAAUUAUCUUCAGGCGAGGAAUCCUCCCGUCUUCUGAUUUCUUGGGGCAUAAAUUUUUCGCAGAGUACCUUAAUGAAAGGUAUGAUUGAGAAUGGAGCAAAGCAAGGGCUGAAGGAGAGCUUUGACCAUUUUAGUAAAUUGCUAGCUCAGAAGUUCAAAUUGUUGGAUAGUGAGGAUUCAUCGGAAAAGGAUCAUGUCUUGGAAGCUCUUCAAAGGGAACAUCAAUCAGAUUGGGAGUUGGCUACUGAGUAUUUUGGGAACCUUACCGUAGUUGCCGCCAUCUUUCUUACAAUAUAUGUAGUUGUACAUAUCCUAAUAUCCGUGCCCCAUGAACCUCAGGGACUUGAGAUUAAUGGCCUUAUUUUGCCUGACAGUUUUGGACAGCUCAUCACUUGUGGGGUUUUAGUACUUCUUUUAGAGCGUGUAUAUAACAUGGUUUCUCUCUUUGUACAAGCCAGACUACGUGUAGGAAACGAUCAUGGGAUUAAAUCUCAGGGUGAUGGGUGGAAAGUUACAGUAGCUUUGGUUGAAGCGGUCAACUUACCGUCACUGGACACAGCAGAACCUUCUGAUCCCUUUGUGGUCUUUACCUGUAAUGGAAAAACUAGGACAAGCUCUGUACAGCUUCAAACUUGUGAUCCACAAUGGAAUGAGAUACUUGAGUUUGAUGCUUCAGAGGAGCUACCUUCAGUCCUUGAUGUUGAAGUAUUUGAUUUUGGUGGCCCAUUUGACCAGACAGCCUCGCUUGGGCACACAGAGAUCAAUUUUCUGAAGCACUCAGCAACAGAACUGGCUGAUAUGUGGGUUCCUCUUGAAGGGAAAGCUGUUUCCUCUCAGGCGAAAUUGCAUUUAAGAAUCUUUGUGGAGAACAAAAAGGGAGUUGAAACAGUCAAAGGGUACCUCAACAAAAUGGAAAAAGAAGUUGGAAAGAAGCUGAAUCUUCGGUCUCCCCACAAGAACUCCUCGUUUCAGAAGCUAUUUGGCUUGCCACCAGAAGAAUUUUUGAUCAAAGAUUACUCGUGUUCUUUGAGGAGAAAGAUGCCUUUACAGGGUCGUCUAUUUUUGUCAGCAAGAAUAGUUGGAUUCUACAGUAAUUUCUUUGGACACAAAACCAAAUUUUUCUUUUUAUGGGAGGACAUUGAAGAUAUUGAAGUGCAGGAUCCCACCAUGUCAUCUUUUGGUAGUCCUACUCUUAUCAUAAUCUUGCGGAAAGGGAGAGGCAUAGAUGCAAGGCAUGGUGCCAGGACUCAGGAUGAAGAGGGCAGGCUUAAGUUCUAUUUCCAAUCAUUUAUUCCAUUUGAAGUUGCCAGCAAGACAAUUACGGCCUUAUGGAGAUCAAGGACAGCUGCUCUGGAGAGGAAGGCCCUGGGCACAGAAGAAGACCAGGGGAAUCAAGAAAGUCUGUUGGUUCCACUUGAAAAUGACAAUCAUUUCCAUGUUGAAGAGUCGAAUAUGUUGAAAAUUUAUUCCUCUACUCUUCCUGUCGAUAUCAAAUCCUUAAUGAAGAUGUUUGGAGGAGGAAAAUUAGAGCGUAAAGUGAUGGCAAAAUCUGGUUGUCUGAACUAUGUCACAACAGAGUGGCAAUCAGUGAAGCCUGAUGUUUAUGAAAGGCAACUUUCUUAUAAAUUUAAUCACAUUGUCUCCGUUUUUGGAGGAGAAGUGCGAUGCAGCCAGAGAAAAUCGCUCCUUGGUGAUACAGGUGGAUGGAUCGUGAAUGAAGCCAUGGCCCUCCAUGAUAUUCCAUUUGGUGACCACUUUCGUGUACAUUUGAGCUAUCAUCUUGAAAGUCUUCCGUCAACCAAAGAUGCAUGCAAAUGUGAGGUAUACAUGGGAAUUUUGUGGCUAAAAGACUGCAAAUUCCAACAGAGAAUCGUUAAAAAUAUAAAUGAGAAGUUCUCCUGCAGAUUAAAGUCUAUUUUUGAGCUCGUCAAGAAAGAAAUUCUAUUGGCAAAUGACCAUUCAGUAUAGUACUGGUAGGUUUUUUUUUUUUUUUUUUUUUUUUUUUUUUUUUUGGGUAGGGCGUAACUUUUACAAUGACCAUUUUUUUCAAAGGAUCCUUAGAGUUGGUAAUUGUGUAUUAUAUCUUUUUGACAAGAAGAAAAGGAUUUCAUUAAUUGUUUGUAUUAUAUCUUUAAUUACGUUUUACAGGGAAAAAUUACUAUAAUGACCAUUUGAUAUAGAAGUUCUCUUUUUUUUUUGGGGUAGGAUGUAACUUCUUUAAUGACAAUUUUUUUCAAUGGAUCCAUAGAAAUUAGAUAUUACGAGUAUAUGUAUAUUGAUUGUUCCAUAGGAUAACACUGAUGUAUAUUGGGAUUAUUGGAGUACAUCUAUUCCCAAAACGUUUUUUUUACAAUUACUAUUUACACACAAGUUAUUUGAGAUGGAAUGUUAAUGUGAUGACUGUGUAUAACACAAGUAUACCAAAAAUAAAUUGAGAACAAACUUAAUAGCAUGUUCUCAAAUCUUAGACGAAAUUAAUGUAUUUCUUAAUUUUUGUUUAAUUGACAA